AGAAGCAGUGAACUAAAGCCUGCCUUCCUGGUUGGAGCUGUUUGAGCUCUAACUGCUGGAGAUGAGAGAUGCACUAUACAGAGCGCAGAGCACAGACGGAGCACAGCAGAAACCACACUCACUCUCAGCAACCUCUUACGGACAUGGGAGCUUAGACUUGGACAGCUUGGUUAAUGCCAAACCUGGAGCACUGCCACAGCAUUGUAAAACUGCAGAGGAUGGAUGCUGGAAGGAAUGUUUUUAGAAAAGUGAAGCAGGCGCUGCUUGGAAAUGAAUGAUUAUGGUUUGCUCUGAAAAGCUGCGAGGUUUUGCAGAGCUCCUCUCAUCUCUCUUGCUCUUACAUGUCAUAUGGGACAUAUUCAGCCUCUCUCAGCCUCUUUAUCUUUUUUCUUUUGUGACUUCAUGUCUUCGCUCUCGGUCUACUUGAAGAAGCAUGACUGGAUAUGUAGCGGCUGAAUUGCUCUGAGAUGGGUUUAUUGGCUUCUGCUCAUGGGAAAAUGUAGUCACUGGUACAAGUCUGUGAGUACAAAGAGUGCAUAAGAUGCUCAAUCAACCAUUACUUUUAGCACUGCUUUGAGGUCGUCUCAGUCCAACUGAAACACCUCCGAACUCCCAGCAGCAUUUUUCUUUUAAAAGGCUUACCUGAACAAAGAUUUUUGUCAGUUAUGCUAAAUUCUUCUUCGUCCUUUGAAUUUAAAUCAAGUUAUAUUUCCCGCAGUAAUUAUGUAACCACUUAAACUGCAGCUAUACAAUUCAGUUAUUCGUCCUAGAAAUCUUUUUCUUGAGUAACUACUUUCAGUAACAUUUUUUCAGUAACUGCUGUGAAACUAGAAUUGAAUUAAUGUAGUUAUAAUGAGGAAUUGAACCCAGAAUUGAAUGUGGACCCACAUACAGGCCCUAAAUUAAACUCAUGGUAGCCCUAGUAUUCCUAAUGUUAAAUCAUACAUUUGCGUUGGUUAUCUGUUUGUGCCCGUUGAACAUUCUCCAGUGCUCUUUUUAACUUUUAAUAUGAUGGGCAUUCUUGGACAAAACAAACAACACCUGAGUCUGUGACAGCCAAGCAAAGUCAUGUAAGGAACCUCAUGGCGUAUCCUUACUAUAUCUAACCAUGUGCACAGUGACCCCUGUUCACGUUUGGGGUGCCGCUGUGACUUUGGGGAGUUUCAGUCAUGAAGCCCAGUACCCUCUGCCCUCCUGGCUGCUGGUCUCUCCAUGCACAGCAUGUUCCAGAGCACUCUGCUAGGACCCCUGAGCCUGACUGACGGUCCGGAUCGCAGGCAGUGCAUCCGCAGCCACAUCAGGAUGGUGAUGGAACAGCUGGAGGAGGUUCUGAUUGAGCUGAAGGACGUGGCCAGAGAGCUCAGAGAGGUAGUGACUCAAAUUGACAAACUGACAGCUGGCAUUGACCUGGAUACAGAAGAUGACCCAGAGGAGGACAGAGUGACCCUGGCUUGCAGCAGUAGCAGCAGUGAGAGAGUACUGGGGGACCUUUUCAAAGCAGAAGCUUUUUCUAAUAAUCACGACCUACAUCACUUAUUAUACUACCCUCUCCUAGACACUGCUAAGAGACAAGAAACAGUCCUGCAUCGGCGGAGCUGUGGAGACUUACCUGCUCUAAAUGGACCCAUAAAGGUCCCCUACAGUCCAAAGGCUUCCUGGCUCUUUGGCAGUGGAGAGAAAAUCCACCACUGUGAUAAAGCAUUGUAUCAUGCACUUUGCUGUGAUGAUGAUGAUUUUGAUGAAGAGAGUGGAGGCAGGAGAUUCUCCAGGUUCUCCUCCAAUGACUCUGUUUUCUCUUCUUCUCCUCCACGGCCUCUGAGAGUAGAGGCCUUGACGCCCCGGUCGGCCCGAAAAUGUCAUCUCAGCCCAGGCUCAAAGAAAAAAGCGUUGCGCAGCUGCAGCACUCAAACUGUUUCAGAUAAGAGCACACAAACUCUGUUUCCUUACAGCCCUGCCCGGCAAAGAGCUUCAAGUGACCACAAGCACUAAAACACCUUGUAAAUGUCCUACUGCUGAUAUGAAAAUACUUUGACUUUGAAAUGCGUAUUUAUCUAGAAAAUGUUAAUGUUACAUGUAUCAAAAAUACUUAAUUGCACAUCAAGUUCUUGCUAAUAAACUCAUGCAUUUAGCUAUUUU